CUGGCAUGUAGGGCAGCAACAAAGAAGAACUGGAUAGAACUCCAGGUCUGCUUCACGUCUUUCAGUUCUUUCUCCACUGUUCGACGGCAAGUUUCUUUGGGUCGUCCUCUCUUUCGUUUGCCUUCAGGUGUCCAGUGUAGGGCGGUUCUAGUAAUGUAAUCCUGUUCUUUUCGCAUGAUGUGUCCAAUCCAUCUCCACCGCCUUCUUUUUAUGAUGGUCUCUAUACUUUCUUGGUUGGUCCGAGCAAGUAAUUGUUGGAGAUGGUGUUAGGCCAGAAGAUACGUAGGAUUUUUCUGAGGUUUCUUGUGUGGAAUGCCGAGAGCUUGGAAAGGUCUUUCUCUGUCAUCCUCCAGCAUUCAGAGCUGUAUAGUAAGGUGGAGAGAACACAGCUCUGGUACAACUUGAGUUUGGUGUUGAUGCUGUACUUCGUGGACUUCCACACAUUGUUCAUCAUUCUGAAUGUUUUUCUUGCCUUGUUGAGUCGGCUUUUGAUGUCAUUGCCUGUUCCUCCAUCAUAUCUAACAGUGCUUCCUAGAUAUGAAAACUCUUCUGUUGUGGGUAUAUUUACUCCAUUUAUUUGUAUAUUUGGGGGAUUUUGUGUGUUUAAGGUCAUCACCUCUGUUUUCUUCAGGCUUAUGUUCAGUCCUAUUUGUUGUGCAAAUCUGUUGACACGGGAUGUUUUUUCUUGCAUAUGUUGGUGGGUAUGGGAAACCAGUUCCAAGUCGUCUGCAAAGUCUAGGUCUUCAAGUGUUGUAAAUAGUGUCCAUCUGAUGCCUCUAGGUUGAUCUUCGGUUGUUCUUCGCAUCACCCAGUCUAUGACAGUAUUGAAGAGUAAUGCUGACAUCACGCACCCACCUUGUGAUAUGGAGAUCUUAAUCUGGCCAGCAUACGCAUUUGUUUAUGAAAUAAAUUAAAGAAAGACUGUACGCUCUGUGUAAGAAUUGCUCUUUCUAACAAAUGAUUCUUAAAGCCAGUCCCUGCUUCUUCAUUGAACAGAAUAUACAACUGUGUUGAAGUUUUACAUUUUCAAACAUGCUUAUAUAAAAAUGAAUCUUUUGCCAAAUCAAGAUAUUUAUGAGACCUCUUUUCCACAGAAAUAAAUAAAAAAAUGCAAGUACAUCAAAGCUGCUUAGAUUUUCAGAAGUUGGAAUUAGAAUUUUUCCUACAUUAUGAAUACUUUCACAUCUUACAUCUUCCACAACAUUGCAAUACAAAAAAAGCACUGACAGGAGUGACUUCUGUUUAGAGGUGUUGGAAAUGUUUUUUUUUUAUACAUCAUAUAGGCCUUGAAGCUGAAAAUGCAAGGAACAAAAAUGUGGUGCAACUAGGCGCAAAGAAAAUGGCAACUUGUGGUCUUCUACAAUAAACUGGAAGUUUUGCUUUUUCAACUUAGUGGCAUCAAACUCAUGUUGACAUCUUGGACAGAGCCAUAUCAAGAGCAGCAAAACAUAAAAGUAUGACACCACAAAAAAGCCUGAUGUUAGAACAUAUGAAUCUAAGUCCACCCUGUUACGAUGUGUGUUUAUUUAGAUUUUUAUGGAGCAUGUAAGGUAUUCAUGUAUUAGUUUAUCUUCCCUGCUUCUCAGGUUAUACUUUGACACAGUGUCAACAAUAAGAUGGUUUAACAAGUUUUUACUUGAAUUGCCUUUUUAAACUGUUCUAUAUCAGAAGCAGGAAACAAAGUGCAGAAAUAAGAUGUUCACAGAUUUUGAAGACCAUGGCCUUGCAUGUAAAUAACUGAGAGAAAUGUUCAGUUUGUAGAAAUGUGUGAAGACAUGUCAGAAACGUAAUCUUAACCUACCACCUGCACUAAAAGGUACCAACUGAGUUUUCUACUUAACUCUACUUAAAUACAGGUUUAGGUACUUAAAAAAGGUUUAAGAUUGUAAAAGUAUUUUACUCUUGAUUCUUGAGAAUAUUGGAACAGUCAUUCAAAAUAGGGAGAUCAUAUUAAACACAUGGGGAAAGAUGGAUGGUAGUGUUUGCUAACUUUGGCCAGAGAACCUAACACCAUGUUUUAUUAUAUCAAUAAAAUCAUACAAACAUGUUGCAAAGUUUUGACUAACAUGCAAACUGACAGAGUGACUGUCUAGCAAUAAUUCCUACUUUCGUAAGAUUGUUAAAUACAAAUCUAGUCAAAAUGUCAUUAUGGAGUAUAGUGUGUGUGUGGAGGUCUGAGGACUGAUGAUGAUUUCUGUGGUCAGGUGAACAAGUCAGUCUCCUCACCUGUUGAUUCCACAUGAACAUGCCUGGAAUGCUCUCUCUCUCUCUCUCUCUCUCUCUCUCUCUCUCUCUCUCUCUCUCUCUCUCUCACACACACACACACACACACACACACACACACACACACACACACAAGAGGUUACAGUCAGUGGUCCUGCUCUCGUCUCACUUUUGAAAGAGCAGCUGUAUCAGGACUUCCCUGAUACAUGCCCUCUUUGCUUCAUUUUAAGUUUGGGUCUUACUCAGAAAAAAUGUCAGGGGGCUCUCUAGCGUCUGGCUCCUUUGUGGUAGCAGACUAUGUGGUGUUUGCGUUCAUGCUCGUGGCGUCCUCUGCGGUCGGGGUCUUCUAUGCCUGGGCUGGCAGGGGCCAGGGAAGCUCCAGAGACUUCCUAACCGGGGGGCGAGGACUGACAGCUCUGCCUGUCUCCCUCUCUCUGACCGCCAGCUUCAUGUCAGCCAUCACAGUGCUGUCCAACCCAGCUGAGGUGUACCGCUAUGGAGCAAAUAUUGGAUUUUAUUCUCUCUCCUAUGUUAUAAUGGUGACGGUCACGUCUGAGGUCUUUCUCCCAGUCUUUUAUAGGCUGGGCAUCACGAGCACAUAUGAGUAUCUGGAGCUACGUUUCAACAAAGCAACCCGCCUGCUGGGGACUGUGCUCUUCAUUGUCCAGACAAUUCUAUACACUGGAAUUGUCAUCUAUGCCCCGGCUCUUGCUUUAAAUCACGUAACCGGUGUGGAUCUGUGGGGUGCAGUUAUUUCAACAGGUGUGGUCUGUACCUUUUACUGCACAGUGGGGGGUCUGAAGGCAGUGGUGUGGACAGAUGUGAUUCAGCUUGGUGUCAUGCUUGCCGGCUUCGUGUCUGUCAUAAUCAAGACUGUGACAAUACAAGGAGGGCUCCUCGUCAUCGUUUCAGAUUCACAACAAGGAGGGAGACUCAACUUUUGGGACUUUGACCCAAAUCCUCUGAGGAGACACACUUUUUGGACCAUAACCAUUGGAGGAACAUUUGUGUGGCUCAGCAUCUAUGGGAUUAACCAGGCCCAGGUUCAGAGGUACAUCUCCUGCAAGAGCAUCACUCAUGCCAGACUAGCUCUGUACAUCAACCUGUUAGGCCUCUUGUGCAUCUUGUUUUGCUCAGUGUUGGCAGGAAUGUGCGUCUUCUCUGUCUAUAAGACCUGUGACCCGUGGACAGCUGGACUGGUCGCUGCUCCUGAUCAGUUGAUGCCGUAUUUGGUGAUGGACACUUUGGGAGACAAUCCUGGCCUUCCUGGACUUUUUGUUGCAGCUGUAUAUAGUGGCUCUCUAAGCACUGUGUCAUCCAGCAUCAAUGCACUUGCUGCAGUGACAGUCGAAGACCUGAUCAAGCCAUACACUAACAUGUCUGAGAAACACUGGUUCUGGAUCUCCAAAGGACUGAGUCUUAUAUACGGGGUUAUCUGCAUUGGAAUGGCUGGUCUGGCUUCACUCAUGGGAGGGAUCUUGCAGGCAGCCGUCAGUAUACUUGGGGUCAUUGGAGGUCCUUUACUUGGCCUGUUUUCAAUGGGUAUCCUCUGUCCAUUUGCCAACUCCAAAGGAGCUUUGUCUGGUCUCAUGUCAGGGUUGGUUCUGUCUCUGUGGGUGUGUAUUGGUGCCCUGAUGUACCCUCCCUCUCCUGAGCUGAGACGUCCGCUGUCAUUGUCCACUGAGGAUUGUAACUUCACCACUGAUAACAAUUUGAACUGGACCUUCACUGGUGUACCAACACUUCCCAGCACCAACACCACAGCGUCAGGACAGAUCAGUCAUAGCAGGUCUCUGCUGGCUGAUAACUGGUAUUCUCUGUCGUACCUUUACUUCAGUCCUAUUGGAACAAUAACAGCUAUUAGUGUGGGACUAUUAGUUAGCUUGUUGACAGGAGGCUGGAAUCUAAAGCUGGAAUCAAGGCUUACAUUAAUGAAAGAUGAUACAACUUUAUGUCAUUUGGUCAAGUUUUUUAAAGACAAGGUGACAAGACAAACAGGCAGGCUGGACUUGACAAGGAACAGAGAGAAGAUGUGUGACAACACUAAUCCUACUUUCUGUGAUGUUGAACUGAGCAUAACGAAAAGCAGCAUUCCCACAUGAAAUGCCAGCUCUUCUGUCAGACUUUUUCUGUGUUUGUUUGUUGUCAUUUACACCGAAAGCAUCUAUCAAGGAGUUGAAUUACAAAAUAAAAUGGUCUACAAAACUUU